UCUGCCACCGGUGUAUCCAAACUGUCUGUGUAUUCACUAACUUACAAGAGAAAUGUACAUUUUGCAGAUGACCUAGCCAUCUAAUGGUGGCGACAGACAAGGUAGCAGGCAAGCUGAGUUCAACUCUUUCAUGGGUGAAGAACUCAGUGUCGCUUACGGUGAGUCAGAUGGCUAGUCAGGUGGCCACGCCCUCUUCGCUGCACACCACUGUAGCUUCAUCCACUGCCUCACUGUCCUCGCCCUCCUCAGCCUCCCCGACCCAGCUCAGCCCAGAUGAUGUGGAGCUGUUGGCCAAACUAGAGGAGCAGAACAGGUUGUUGGAGACGGACAGUAAGACUUUACGGUCUGUGAAUGGCUCUCGAAGGAACAGUGGCUCCUCACUGGUGUCUAGUUCAUCAGCCUCCUCCAACUUGUCACAUUUGGAGGAGGAUUCGUGGAUCCUGUGGGGACGCAUCGUCAAUGAGUGGGAAGAUGUGCGGAAGAAGAAGGAAAAGCAACUAAAGGAACUGGUUAGGAAAGGCAUUCCACAUCACUUCCGAGCAAUCGUGUGGCAGCUGUUGUGCAGUGCCCAGAAUCUAGCCAUAAAGGAGCAGUAUUCUGAGUUGCUGAAGAUGACCUCGCCUUGUGAAAAACUCAUCCGCAGGGACAUUGCCCGUACCUACCCCGAGCAUGAGUUCUUUAAGGAGGACAGCCUGGGUCAGGAGGUGCUCUUUAAUGUUAUGAAGGCUUAUUCCCUGGUUGAUAGAGAGGUGGGCUACUGCCAGGGAAGUGCUUUCAUUGUCGGCCUUCUUCUAAUGCAGAUGCCAGAAGAAGAGGCUUUCUGUGUGUUUGUGAAACUGAUGCAGGAUUACAGACUGAGAGAGCUCUUUAAACCCAGUAUGGCUGAACUUGGCCUCUGCAUGUACCAGUUUGAAUAUAUGAUUCAGGAGCAGCUCCCAGAGCUCCAUGUGCACUUCCAGGCCCAGAGUUUCCACACCUCCAUGUAUGCUUCAUCUUGGUUCCUCACCAUCUUUCUUACCUCUUUUCCUCUUCCUGUCGCCACCAGGAUCUUUGAUAUAUUCAUGUGUGAGGGUUUAGAGAUAGUGUUUCGCGUGGGGAUGGCCAUCCUGCAGAUGAAUCAAGCUGAGCUCAUGCAGUUGGACAUGGAGGGAAUGUUGCAGCACUUUCAGAAGGUCAUCCCGCACCAGCUGGAUAGUGGACCAGACAAAGUCAUUCAGGCUGCUUAUCAAGUCAAGUACAAUGCCAAGAAAAUGAAAAAAUUGGAAAAGGAGUACACUACAAUCAAAACCAAAGAGAUGGAGGAACAGGUGGAGAUCAAGAGACUGCGCACAGAGAACAGACUCCUGAAGCAGCGAAUAGACACUCUGGAGAAAGAAAGUGCUUCUUUGGCAGAUAGAUUGAUACAGGGUCAGGUGACACGAGCCCAAGAGGCAGAGGAGAACUACCUGGUCAAACGGGAGCUGGCCACGGUCAAACAACACAAUGAGGAGACCAGCGCACUGCUGGAGCAAGCGCAAAACAACAUCCGACAGCUCCAGCAACAGCAGCCGUUUGCGAAGGGGAACCCACGCUACUCUGAGGAGUUCAUCCUGCAGCUGGAGAGGGAACUGGUACAGGCCCGCCUUCAAGAGGCAGAGUCUCAGUGCGCAUUGAAAGAGAUGCAGGACAAGAUUCUCGACAUGGAGAAGAGAAACUCAUCCCUGCCAGAUGAGAAUAAUGUGGUGCGUCUUCGGGAGGAGCUAAUUGGUGUAAAGUUGAGGGAGGCAGAAGCUCUAACAGGCCUUAAAGAGCUUAGACAGCAGGUCAGAGACCUGGAGGAGCACUGGCAGAGGCAUCUGGCGCGCACAGCGGGCCGCUGGAAAGACAGUCCGAGGAAGAAUGCAGCAAGCGAGCUUCAGGAUGAGCUGAUGAGUGUGAGGCUCAGAGAGGCAGAGGCACAGGCUGAGCUUAGAGAAAUCAGACAGAGGAUGCUGGAACUGGAAACCCAGAAUCAGAUACAUAAUAAUCAACUGCGGCGUGCAGAACUAGAAGCACGAAAUCUACAGGAGCGACUGCAGGUUUUGACCAACCAGAACAAGAUGUUGCAUGCUGAGCUGCAGGAGACAAAACGGAAACAGGCUGAAAUAGAGUGCAAGAAUAAAGAAGAGGUAAUGGCAGUGAGAUUGAGAGAAGCUGACAAUAUUGCUGCCAUGGCUGAGCUUCAGCAGCAGAUCUCUGAGCUUGAGAUUCAGAAAGAGGAAGGAAAGGUCCAAGGUCACCUCAACAACACAGACUCCAGCCAGUACAUCCGAGACCUCAAGGAUCAGAUAGCAGAUCUCAAACAUGAGAUCCGCUGUUUAAGAGGGCAGCAGGGCUUACCCGACCAACCCAGUUUUGAUGGGAUUCAUAUAGUCAAUCACUAUGGAGGGGACGAUGAAUCCUACCAAUCCUCUGAUGAAGACGGAGUGAAACUGUCACCCCAGCUGACCAGACAUCAGGUUAGAGGCCGGAUCACACUACAUGCAAACCUGGAGGACUCUGAAAGUGAGGGUGAUGAGGAAGAAGAUGCCCUACGACUUAGUGGCAGCCAUAAGACAACUACAGUGUGAUCAUCUGGACUGGUGACACAAACUGACAUCAAAGGUCUGGAAAGGAGAGCAUGCUUUUAAGCUCAUCCUUUAAAUCUGCCUACAGCAUUGAGCAUGGGACUCAAACUGGAGAACUUGAAAAGCCCUCGUUCAUCUUUACAAAUGGACUUAUGGAGUCAUAUCUUUCUCAAGGUCACGGUUUACAUCUGCAUUUGUUUUGUUUUUGCCAAAAUGCGUCAGAUGUUUGUCCUGGCACUAGUUUUUAAUUUUAGCCU